GCAGCUUGCAACCUGGCCAACGGGUGGCCCCAGUGCCGAUGGGGAAAUUUCACAAAAUUUGUCAACAAGGUUUGGAUGUGCUGCUUGUCCCUCUGGACUGGGCCCAGUGCCAGUGGUGCCCGGGGCUCUACCGAAUCGCCGACGACACGACAAGGGCCAGCCCAGCUAAGGCGGGAUCCGCGAGAGGGCCGCCAGAGCCAGGGCAGCAGCAGUCUCGAUCUGGCUGCAGCUGCAAUCUGGUCUCGCCGUGUUUGUCGAGGGUGCAAAUUAUCCUGUCCCAUCCAAGACUUUGGAUCUGGUCUUGUCCUCCUCCCCCCUACCCGUACUUGGUCCGUACUUGCACGCAUCAUCCUUAGACGGCCGCACAACUUGCCAACAUGUCGCAGAGAUACUCACUCCGCCAGACGCCUCGGAAGAAGGAGCCUUUCGACGGCAUGGUCGAGACCCCUGGUCGCCGCGUAUCCAGCAGACGCAAGACCCCUCUCCUUGACACGUCCGAUGCCGACGGCGACUCGAGCUCUGCCGCCGAGACCACCUCCCUGCGCACGCGAUCCCUGCGCAAGCGCGGCGUGCCCAAGUUCACCGAGCACUUGGACGACGACAACCUGCCAACGUCGAGUGUGCUGCUGGACGCCACCACCCUGCCCCGGUCCGUCGUGGACGACAGGCGUGACGUUGACGAGGACGUGAAGCCCAAGAUCGCGCCCAAUGGCCACGCCGAGACCGUCAAUGGCAAGGUCAACGGCAAGGCCAACGGCGCCAACGGCCAUGCUGAUGGCGCCAAUGGCAAGGUGGUGGCCGAGGACAAGGUCGUGGACGGCUGGAAGCCCGGCAUGGACCCCAAGAUCGACUACUCGGGCACCCUCGAGUUCGGCGGCUCCCUGGGCGUGUCGGCCAUGAUGAUCGGCUUCCCCCUCCUCAUGUGGUACAUGUGGAUCGGCGCCACGUACUACGACGGCAAGUUCCCCACGCGCGCAGAGGGCCAGGGCUGGGCCGACUUCUUCUCGCACCUCGGCCACCUCGUCUACACCGGCGCCUACCCCCACGCGAGGGCCUGGGCCACCUACUGGAUCUUUGGCGCCUUCGAGGUCGUCCUCUACUUCGUCGCGCCCGGCGUCUACGCCUACGGGAAGCCCCUGCCCCACGAGGGCGGCAAGCAGCUCAAGUACUACUGCUCCGGCUUCGUCUCGCUCUACAUCACCCUGGCCGUCGCCGCCGUCCUGCACGUCACCGGCACCUACAGGCUCUCCGCCAUCAUCGACGAGUUCGGCCCGCUGCUGUCCGUCUCCAUCCUGUCGGGCUACCUCGUCGCCAUCGUCGCCUACGUCUCCGCCAUCGCCCGCGGCGCCCAGCACCGCAUGACCGGCUACCCCAUCUACGACUUCUUCAUGGGCGCCGAGCUCAACCCGCGCAUGUUCGGCAUCCUCGACUUCAAGAUGUUCUUCGAGGUCCGCCUGCCCUGGUACAUCCUGCUGCUGCUGAGCGUCAGCAACGCCGUGCGCCAGUACGAGCGCUACGGCUACGUCUCGGGCGAGGUCAUGUUCCUCGUCAUGGCCCACUGGCUCUACGCCAACGCCUGCAGCAAGGGCGAGGAGCUCAUCGUCACCACCUGGGACAUGUACUACGAGAAGUGGGGCUUCAUGCUCAUCUUCUGGAACAUGUCCGGCGUGCCCCUCUCCUACUGCCACUGCAUCAUCUACCUCGCCAACCACCACCCGGACGAGUACCGCUGGAACCGCGCCCUCCUCGCCGGCCUCUUCGCCUCCUACCUCUUCGUCUACUGGGUCUGGGACAGCUGCAACGGCCAGAAGAACAGCUUCCGCUCCAUGGAGAGGGGCACCUACACCAAGCGCAACACCUUCCCCCAGGUCCCCUGGCAGUCCAUCAAGAACCCGCGCAAGAUCCCCACCGCGACCGGCGACUCCCUCUUCGUCGACGGCUGGUACGGCAAGGCCCGCAAGGUGCACUACACGUGCGACGCCUUCUUCGCCAUCUGCUGGGGCCUCAUCACCGGCUUCAGGAGCCCCUUCCCCUGGUUCUACCCCUUCUUCUUCUGCUGCAUGAUCGCCCACCGCGCCAUGAGGGACAUCGAGAGGUGCAGGGAGAAGUACGGCGACGCGUGGAAGGAGUACGAGAGGCAGGUGCCCUACCUGUUCAUCCCCUACGUCAUCUAGACGCCGUCAAGUUAUGGUGUAUGUUGUGUUGUGUUGUCUGUCUAUGCGUAACAAGGCAGCCAGCAAGCCGGCCCUGGCGUGAUCCCGUUGCACAUGUUCGUUUCGACCUGUACAUAUAGUUCCGGAAUUCAGUACUCGUCUUUUUUAAUUAUUGCAUAAGGCAAAAGAGCUUCGGGUCGCGAGGGGGAGAAAAAAAGGGCGGCAGACAUUCUUGGGGGAAAAGCAGGUUGGGCUUGAAACUUUGUGUUGCGUGCGGCGCUUUUCAAUGGGGGGACGGAUGGUAUCUUCGGGGGACAGGCAGGAUAAAGCAGCACAUAUAUAUAUAUAUAUAUAUAUGCAUGUGGUUGGUCUGUACUGGUGUCCCCUAUACAUACAUCCAUCCUGGUGGGACGCCGCCGGCGGCUGCAGUUGCGACGAUCAGGGGCCCCGGGUCAUCUUUAUCUUGAUGUCCUGGCUGGCACUGCCGUAUAUAAUGAGUGUAUAACUUAUGCGUUGUGCGAGUCUCUUAUGUGGUAGCAAACUGAACAGCAAAUGGGAUGACGAUGCUUUGCCUCCCGUCAUCCUCAUCAGUCUUUGA